AUGUCACGUCCCGAGUCCACGCCGCCGGCCCGGCCCCCACCAGCGGCAAAGGCACAAAUACCGCCGGAGGUGGCUGACAUUCUCGUUCCAAGUCUGCAAGUGGGAUUGGGAGCAGCGUCUGGCAUUGUGCGCUCGACCACGCCGGUGCUGUUCUCUCUUGUGACGGGAGCACAAUGGUUUGCUCUUGGCAGCAGUUACUAUGGAUCAAGAAGUGCCAUCAUCUCGGCAUGGGGCGGCGAAAGUACACUGACGCCGUGGGACAACGUAAAGGCCAGCACGCUUGCUGGAGCCUCGGCGGGCUUCGUAGGCGGCUCGUUGCGUGGCCCACGAAAUAUUCUUCCCGCCGUCGCCAUUUUCUCCAUCUUUGGCGCAAGUGGUCAGGCAGUCUUGAACGCCAUGUCGACGGGAGAGACCCCGGACGCGAAGUCAAAAUCAAGCUGGCUCGGGUCCAAGUGGAGCCCAGUGACGCCGAUGACCGAUACCGAAUAUGCCACAUUCAUCCAGGACAAGAUCCUCAAGCUCGAUGUCGAGGUGUCGAUGAUUGACGACCAGCUGGCCACAUUAAGGGCGCGAAAAGCACAGAGAGAAGCCGAAAACCCACAACGUGAAGAUUCAUAG